AUGCUUCUAGAAAUUAAAAAGAAAAGGGUUUCGAAGAAAAACAAAGCAGCAUGGCGUAAAUACAGUGAUAUCCGUGAUGUAGAAGAGUUUUUAGAGGAACAAAGAUUGGAAGAACGCCUUGGCCGAUUUGACACAAAAGUUGAUGAUGAAUUGUUUGUGGUGGACCUAAAAGGUGAUGGAGUUGAGGAAAAACCUGAUAUCAAGCCUCUGUCUGCUAAGCAAAGAAAACGAGCUGCACUUGAAGAAACACCAAGAUGUUUUCAAAUUUUGCUGCCUUCUUCCAAGGUAGAGGAUCCCAAUAAAAAACGUAACAUUUCAAAACCUGUUGGUUCAAGACCAACUGCCUUAUCAAAACUUACUGCAAAGAGGAAGUCUGAAAAGGGUGUUCUUCAAAAGAAAAUUGAGGGGGCAAGAAAAAAUAGGAAAAUUGCAAGACAGGAAAAGAAAAAGUCCAAAGCUGUUUUAAAAAAUUUUGAUAAAAACCUAUGGGGAGGAAGUUUACCAGAAGUUAAGGGAAUUCCUGAAACACUCUGUGAUGACUUUAUCUCUCCGGAAGCUCAAUUGCAUAAUGUUCCUACAACUCAACGAUUGCGUCCAAAACCACCUCUCCCCAAGACUUUGGUGACCCGAGCAGCUGUAGAAACUCCACACCCUGGUGUCAGUUACAAUCCAUCAUUCCAGGAGCACCAAGAGUUAUUGCAAGAUGUUGUGAAGCACGAGGAGAAGAUGAUGAAAAAGGAGGCUCAUAUUAACAGAGUCACUUCUAAGCUAUUCAGAAGGGUUACAACCAAGUCAAAGGAGAACCAAUGGAUAGAGGAAAUGAGCGAAGGUCUACCAACUCCGCACAACCCACAAAUAGAAGAACAUUCCGACGAUACCGAUAACGAGUAUCGCGCUAUAAAUCCACCCGUGCAAAACAAAAAGAAGGACCACAAGGCGCGCAGAAGACAGAAGGAGAUGAUACUGGAAAAAGAGAGACUUAAACGUGAAAAGAUAGACAAGAAGAAGAUCACUGAUAUUUACAAACUUCGGAAAUUACACACGUCGAUAACAAAAGAGGAGAAGAAACUUGAAGAAGAUCGUAAGAAGCGCGAAAGUAAGAAGCAAGAGGAAGAAGAGAAGGCUCUACCUGCUCUCAAUUCAAAUAAGCCUCCCGCAAAGGAACCGGACUUUGUGCCGCCGGAGGACCUUUCGGGGGAUUUAAGAAGACUAUCUACCAAAACAAACCUCCUUCGCGAACGAUUCGAGUCUCUUCAGCGCCGGGGCGCCCUCGCUGGUUCAAAGGUCAUGAUGAAGAAGAAACGGAAGGUCAAGAGUUACUUCAAAGCUGGUCACAAGGUCACCGACAACGAAGUUGACAAGUAUUUAGAAAAAAUUAAAAAGAGUAAAAGUAAGGUUUCCAAGUGA